GAUUUGACGUGAUAAUCAUCUGUUGGCGGCUAAAUCUCGGGGGAAAUCCUGAAUCGAAGAACUGCGAUGGUAUCUCGUCCCCUAUGGAAUCCGACGUUUCCAUCGACCCUUCGCCGUUGUUUUCGUGACCAGGAGCUCUCUUUUCCUGGUUUUCUCACUGCGAAAAAUUCGAUUUUUGGCGGAUCCCUUCUGCGUUCUGGUGUACGAUACAGUGGUUUGUGCUCUUCCAGCGCGGAUUGGUGUGCUUGAGGUUCGGAAUCUCUUUUCCGGGUUCUCUUUCUGCGAACAGUUUGAUUUUGGCGUUACACUGCGGGCUGUGAUCUCGUUCAGUACGGAUUGGUGUUGUUGAGGUUCGGGAUUGGCCAAAGUUUGGGUUUUGGAGGUUAUUAGGGUUUCUUGCGCUCUGCCUGGUUUGCCUACUAUGGGUUUGUUCAAGGAUGAGACUGAGAGGAAGCAGAUGCUAACUCUUUUCCUUCUUCUCGCACUGCUGGCUCCGGAAGCGGCUGGUAAUGUGGUGCUGAUUGGGAAAAAUGUGUCUUUCUCGUUUCCGGACGUCGAAGCCAAUUUUGCUUCACCAAUAAAAAAAUCAGGUGAAUCUGGAAUAUUAUAUGUUGCAGAACCGUUAGAAGCGUGCACUACUUUAACAAAUGAGCUCGCUAAGGAUUCAGGAACUCCAUUUGUGUUGAUCAGAAGAGGAAAAUGUCCUUUUGAAACUAAAGUCAGGAAUGCACAAUAUGCUGGGUUUAAAGCUGCAAUUGUAUUCGACAAUGAAGAUAGAGGGAUCCUGAUUUCAAUGGCUGGAAAUUCAGUCGGCAUUCAUAUCCACGCUUUGUUCAUUUCAAAGGCUUCAGGAGCGACACUGCAGAAUUAUGCUGGCCGUGCUGAUUUAGAGUUGUGGAUCUUGCCUACCAUUGAUAACUCAGCGUGGGCAAUCGUGGCCAUUUCAUUCAUGUCACUACUAGCCAUUUCCGCUGUGUUUGCUAUGUGUUUUUUGCUGCGCAGAAAUAUUAUAAGGCGCGAGCAAUCUCCACUUUCGCAGAUCCGUGAAUUUCAUGGAAUGAGCAGUCAUUUAGUGAAAGCAAUGCCAAGUCUCGAAUUCACAUCGGUCGUCGAAGAUAAUUGCACUUCAACAACAUGUGCUAUUUGCCUAGAAGACUAUUGUGCAGGGGAUAAACUUCGUGUGCUUCCAUGUAGUCAUAAGUUCCAUGUGUGUUGCGUCGACUACUGGCUCACUUCUUGGAGAACAUUCUGCCCUGUUUGCAAGCGAGAUGCAACGGCUGGCAUAAGCAUAACUAAUCUUCCGGCCACCGAGCACACUCCCUUACUUUAUGGUGCAACUCCAACAAUCAGUUCUCGGCCAUCAUCGGUUCAUUCACCUGUUGCAGCAUCUCCAGCGGUUCGUAUAUCUUUAAUGCCUCCACAGUCGCAUUCAAAUUCUCGAUCUCAUUCCUAUGCUAGUUCUCCUUGUUCCCAACCUAUCCGAAUAAUGCCAUUUCAUCUCCGGUCUAAUUCAAGUUUAGCAUCGAGCAUUUCUCGUAUCCCUAACCCACAUAGUUCUUAUGGAUACUCACCAUCUUUGGACCUUAGAAAUUCAUCGUCCCAUAGGUCUCGCUCGCAUCUCACAUCUCCUCAUUCCGUUUAUUCACCUAUCAAUUCGAGACUCCGAUCCUCUUUCAUACCCGGUUCAAGUAAUCCGACCUCCAACAAUCUAGCUGCAUCCUCCAGUAGACAAUCUUACUUGCGACAUUGCACCGAAUCAGAGGCAAGUCUUUCUGCUCUCGCUUCCACAUAUUCUCUACCAGGAUGUUGAUCCAUGCGAUAGCUGCAGUUUCCCCGGAUAGCAAGCAUGAUUUGUGACGAAUAUCGCAAAGUCGACUUAUUGUACGACAAUGAUACCCCCUUUGUGUACAUGUUGAUCGUUCGGUUUAUAUCGUUUUGAUCUCA